UUUCAGGGUAAACUGUAAUUCUCCAACUCUCUGUGAUUACGGACAGACAGAAAACCUGAUUCUUCCUCAGUUUGUGGGGUACAGUAUAUAAUGGACUUGCAGGAGUACUUCCAGAGGAUCGGCUUCAGUGGUCCGUUUGAGAGGCCAGACCUGCCGACUCUGCUGCUGGUGCACCGGCUGCACGUGAUGAGCGUCCCCUUUGAGAACCUGAGCAUGCACAGCGGCCAGCAGGCCAGCAUGGAGCUGCCGCUGGUCUUCGACAAGCUGGUGCGGCAGCGCCGCGGGGGAUGGUGCUGCGAGAGCAACCUGCUCUUCUCCUGGGCGCUGGGGCAGAUGGGAUACACACACACCACCCUGGGUGCCCGCGUUCACAACCCCCAUCUCCCCGGCUUCAGUGAGCGGGAGGGCCACCUCAUCAACAGGGUGGAGGUGGCCGGGGGCUCCUACAUCGCCGACGUCAGCUUCGGUCUUGCAGAUCAGAUCUGGGAGCCCCUGGAGCUGGUGUCGGGGAAGGAGCAGCCCCAGCCGCCCGGAACGUUCUGCCUGAAGGAAGAUGGCGGCACGUGGGUCUUGGAGAAAACUGCGCGUCCGCCACUGAUCCCCAACGAGGCCUUUGCCAAAGCAAGCCUCCUCAACCGCGGCGGGUCGAGUCCUGUCUUCUGCUUCAGUCUGGAGCCCCGACAGACGGAGGACUUCCACGCCGCCUCCCACUACCUCCAGACCGCCCCCGAGUCCAUCUACACCAACAAAUCCCUCUGCUCCUUACCAACACCCACCGGAUACAUAGCCCUGAUUGGCUGGAUUUACUGUAAGGUCACGUUUGGCUACCAGGAAAAGUUUGACCUGAUGGAGAUGCGUGACAUCACGGACGCCGAGGUCCAAGACAUCCUGAGGGAGGAGUUUGGAAUGCCCACAGUCAACAACCUCAAACUGAAGAAUAAUAAAAUCAGCUACAACAUGUAACUGCUCUGUUCUUGGGCUAAAACAGAUCAUUUGAAAUAAAAUAUACUGUACACAUUU